AAUAGUUCAAAAUUUCAGGUUCCAAAAUGUGACGCGAGUAACUUAAAUUAAAAAAAAAAUAGUAGAAAUAACAAAACUACAAUGGAGUACAUGGGAUAAAGAUUAUGGGACUUUGUAAUCUUCCGUGGUGAUCACCUACAGCUACACUUGCUCAACGGCAGAUAAGCGCAGCGGUAUUGCUGCGGUGGAACUUUAAUUAGUUUACUCGUGCAGAAGCCACAGCUGGUGUCAGACAGUAUUAAAAAUGCCUCCCUCUAUGUCGUUGACGGCUCAAGUGUUAGCAAGGAAUACCAAUGUGCCUAUGUUUUACGCAGCCUCGAGGGCUGCCAGCUCUUUCUGGGGCAAAGUUCCUAUGGGACCCCCGGACGUCAUCCUGGGCAUCACGGAAGCUUACAAGAAAGACAAACACCCUAAGAAGGUGAACCUGGGUGUUGGUGCGUACAGAGACGAUGAAGGAAAACCUUUCAUCUUGCCAUCAGUGAGGAAGGCAGAAGAGCUGGUCUACAGCAAAUGCAUGAACCACGAGUAUGCACCGAUUGCUGGGGAGGCAGUAUACACCAAAGCUGUGGCUGAACUGGCCUUCGGACAAUGCAGUUUAGCACUCAAAGAGAAAACCAACUGCACAGUACAGACAUUAUCCGGUACUGGAGCCCUCCGACUAGGUCUGGAGUUCAUUACAAAGCAUUACGAGCAGGUGAAGGAAGUGUGGUUCCCCACCCCCACCUGGGGCAACCACCCUCAGAUCUGUAACACCCUCAAGCUGCCCCACAAGAAGUACCGCUACUAUGACCCCAAGACGCAUGGCUUCAACCUGCAGGGUGCCUGCGAAGAUAUCUGUUCAAUGCCCGAAGGCUCCAUCAUUCUUCUGCACGCCUGUGCACACAACCCCACUGGUGUCGACCCCAAAAAGGAAGAGUGGCAAACUCUGUCGAAGAUUAUCAAAGAGAAGAAGUUGCUGCCAUUCUUUGACAUGGCAUACCAAGGAUUUGCCACCGGCAACGUUGACAACGACGCCUAUGCCGUACGUCUCUUUGAAAAGGAAGGCCACCAACUGAUGCUUGCACAGAGUUUUGCUAAGAACAUGGGUUUGUACGGAGAGCGUGUGGGAGCUCUCACCUUCCUUUGUGGGGACCCCGACACUGCCGCCAACAUGAUGUCCCAGCUCAAGAUCAUGAUCCGCACCAUGUACUCCAACCCCUCCAUCAAUGGAUCCCGCCUCGUCACAGAAAUCCUCACCUCCCCCGAACUCAAGAAAGAAUGGUUAGAGGAUGUCAAACUCAUGGCCGACCGUAUCAUCACGAUGCGCAAACGUCUGCGCUCUGGUAUCGAGAAGCACGGCAACAAGAACGACUGGAAACACAUUACUGACCAGAUCGGCAUGUUCUGCUACACUGGACUCAAGCCCAAUGAGGUUGAGCGUCUCACUAAGGAAUUCCACAUUUACCUGACCAAGGACGGGCGUAUCUCCGUAGCUGGCAUCUCUUCAAAUAACGUCGAUUACAUAGCUGAGGCAAUGCACAAGGUCACCAGCAAAUAAUAGGCUACACAUUAACCGACUUAGUCAAUUGUGUCGUGCAGUACCGUUGCGUCGCGGCGUUUCCGAGAUUACUUCAACGUACCGAGAGAACACAGUAUUUAUAAAACCAGCUUGUUUUUAAUUAUUAUUUUUCUAUUUGCUUUUAUCAUAUACUUUUAUAUCUAUUUUAUUUUUAAAUUAAAAAACGUAACCCUCUUAUUCAUAAAAUAUCCCUUGAAUUUAAUAUUUUUUUAAACUGUCUUAGUCAUAUUUAAGUUUAUGAUGUGAUAAGUGAAGCAUUUGCAAUAACUUUAUGAAUAAGGGGCUACAUAUUUGAAACAGAA